AUGAGUAUUGUUGUUGGUGGUGGAACUGGUUUUGUGGGUAAACAUUUUGCAAAGCUCGGCAUUAGCAAAGGCUUCAAAAUCAUCAAUGUCUCACGGACAGCUAAGCCUAACUGCAUCACCUGGAACGAUUUAAGCCGCAGUGGACUUCCAGAUGACUGUGCGGCUGUUGUCAGCCUGUCAGGGGAACCAAUCCUCCAGCCCUUCAAAUGGUGGACUCCUGAAAUGAAGCUGAAGAUAAGGGAAAGCCGCAUCGACAAAGUCAAGUUGUUGAACCAAGCUAUUUGUGCGGCUCCAAAGCCUCCAGGAGUCUUUGUGUCAAUAUCAGGAGUUGGGUAUUACAAGCCUGAUGCACACAAAGAAUAUACAGAAAGCGACAUUGUGGAGCCGUUCGACUUUCUGUCAGAAGUAACCAGAGACUGGGAGGCAGCAGCAGUCCUGCCGUCUAAUGUUAAAACAAGAUUAGUCGUCGUAAGAUCAGGCGUCGUCCUAGGAAACGAUGGUGGAAUGGUGGCAAACAUCAAAACACCAUUUUAUUUCGGUCUUGGUGGGCCUAUUGGUUCAGGAAAACAGUGGUUGCCUUGGAUAUAUGUUGAAGACACAGUUGGCAUCAUCAUGCAUGCAAUAGAAAAUGAACACAUUACAGGUAUUCUCAACGGCACGGCCCCUAACCCUGUCACAAGUGAGGAGUUUACUAAAGCUUAUGCAUCAGCUCUUCGUCGUCCACACCUGUUUCCAAUGCCAGCCUUUGUGGCCAAGGCUGUGUUUGGUGCAGAGGCUGCUGGGGUGUUGUUGGAGGGCCAGAAAGUGUUGCCUAAGAGAACACUGGAGAUGGGCUAUACGUUUAAAUACACAGACAUCAAGUGGGUGUGUGAGAAGCUAGUCAGUUCUUAG